AUGGAGACCGCAGAGAACCGCAACAAGGACACGUUUUAUGAUGAACUCAAAAAGUUGAUAUCCAAUAUAUCAAACCAGCAGGCAGUAAUUGUCGGAAUUGAUGUGAAUACAAGGAUGGGACCUGAACAACAAUCCGAUUUGCUUGAAAAAUGGUUCUAUCCCAUAGAGCAGACACCGGACAACGGAAAUCGUCCGAUAGGCUUUUGCAAGAAGACGAAUCUCAUCAUCGCAUCCAUGUCUAAGAGGAACCAUCGUCAUCAUCGGCUUACGUGUCAAACGACAACCCCACUGACGCCAGAAGAGCUGCGAAAGCGGAAGAUACCGACUCUUAUGCUUCAGCUCGAUUACGUUCUAACGAAAAACAUACCUUUAUCAGAUAUCUGA